GAGAGGAACUUUCUCGGCCCCGUGGAUGCUGCAGACAGACCCUCGGACGGACAGACGACAGACGGUUGGACGCUUGGCCUGGCCAUGGGGCUUGGCCGGGAACCGUCUCCGCUGCGGGCACCGUUGCUGCUGCUGCUGCUGACCUGCGUCCAGCUGGGGAUGAGCCCGGAGCGCAUCAGCUACGUGCCCCAGCUCUCAGGCACCACCCUGGCAGGGAGACUCACCCAGUCCACCUUCACGCUGGAGCAGCCGUGGGGCCAGUUCAGUCACCUCAACAUCUCUGACGUUGACACCAUCUGGCUGGUGGUGGCUCAUGGCGAUGCCACCUGGAACUUCACUGCCCCGAAGAGGGUGGAGGACACCCCAGUCCCUGCUGACUUCCCCCGGAGGGGCUACUACCUCACGCUGCGGGCCAACCGCGCACUCUACCCUGGCGGUGAGCCCAGCAACCAGCUCCGGGUCCUCCGUGUUGGCAACGAUACCAGCUGCUCCCCGAUGACAAGGGGCUGCAACCACCCCCUGCCGGGCCCGGGCCCCUACCGAGUGAAGUUCCUGGUGAUGAGUGACAGGGGACCCGUGGCUGAGACAGAGUGGUCCAGGGAGACCCGCCUGCAGCAAGCCGAGGCACUGCAGGCUGCCCCAGGGCCCCAGACCGCAGGCACCGUGGUCAUCAUUGCCGUCCUGUCGGUCCUGCUGGCCAUCCUCCUCACUGCCCUCCUCACCCUGCUCAUCUACACCUGCUACAACACCUGCAGGAGCACGGCCAUCUCAGGCCCAGGGGAGCUGGUGUGCGUGAGAAGAUAUAACACCCACCACAUGUUCAGCCCUCCAGCCGAGGGGGGCUCCUGA